AAACCCCAAAUCGGAGAAAAAACCACGAAGCCUUCCACUAAUCACCAAGAAAAAUCAGUGGGUACACCAAGAAUCCUCUCUAAAUCAAUUAGAGGUAUACACAAUUAUCAAGCAACAACUUGGAACACCAAACAACAAUAAUCUUCACUCAAAAGUGAGAAAACCACACAAAAACGCAGCAGAGAAACAGAGCGUUUUUACCAACAUCGAGAGGUCAAAACAACAAUCCCACCGUUGGAUAUGAAGAAGAGGAUGUGAGGAACAACAUACUAAAAUUUCAUCCCGAUCGGAGCUCGUUUGGUCGUCGAUCGGAGCACAAAACCAGGCUGCACCUCUCUUUUUCUCCCUUCUUCCUUCUCUCGGUUUCACUCCAUUUUUCCUCUCUGUUUUGCUCUGUUCGGCUGCUCAAUUGUGUCCGUGACCAGCCACAAAAGGCUUUUGCCUUUUCUACAAAGUGGCAGCCCCAAAGAAACAUUGGAUAAAACAAAAGUGCUGCCGGAGAUGUGCUCAAAUGCACUAGAUUCAAGGACCCAAGUGCUUGAUGCAUUUGAGGCACAUGCAUCUUGUGCAACUUGUCUUGGCUCAACCCAUGAUCUGGUGCGCCGCGGAUCUUGGUUUGAUGAUUCAAUGUGGCUCGGUGGGGGUGGUUCUCAUCUAAGCAGGGCUUUCUCUGGAUUCUCUCCCAGUCGUGCACUCCACGGUAUUCUCCCUUGCGUCAUUCGCUCAAAGACUAAAGCCUUGGGGUUCCCGGUCUCCGCAUGGCACGACUGGCAAAACGUGGCCGUAAAACAGUGCAAGACUAUGAUACUGAGGAGGAGGCUAGGAAUAUCCAUGCCAAGAAAGCCCCGCUUGGAUGAGAACCACCCCAGCCGAGCCACGUUGAAUCAUCUAACCGAGAUCCGCGGCGCACCAGAUCGCGGGCUGAGCCAAGACAAGUUGCAGAAGAUGAAGCCCAUAGCCAGGUCCGGGUCCCGGCGUCUCAAUGCAUGGACCAACCCAAUCUGGGAAUGGGGGAUUUCCAAGAUGCAGCAGAGGUUAAACCACGGCCGGGUCUUUACAACCCGGAUGAAUACCCCAUUGGCUCCAGAGAUAUUUGCAAAACCAUACCCGGUGGGAUUUAAGGUCCCAUUUGUCAAACGAUAUGAUGGGGAAUCGGAUCCCCAAGAGCACAUAAAGAGUUACGUGCAGAUGAUGAUAGCCGUGGAUGCAAUAGAUGCCCUGAUGUGUCGUUUUUUCCAGACCAUCGAUAAUACGGUGGCGGACUGGGUCAACGGUAUUCCUUUUGGGUCGAUUCAGACCUGGGACCAGUUGGGUAUGGGCUUCUUGGAGCAUUUAGCUUGGAAUUGCUGCCCGAAGAAGCAUUUCACACACCUGGCUUCGAUACGCCAGAAGAAUGGAGAAUCCUUGAAGAAAUUUCUGACACGUUGGAGGAAGGAAUCCAGGGAUAUGUGGCUUAAAUUCUAUGUAGUGUGAUAAUGUGAUAAGAUAGGCAGAAAGAUUUUUUUGGACGGGGUAGAGAGAACUUAAUUAAACGAAUGUUCUAGCAAAAAAAUUGCUCUGGAUACUCUCUACCUACCAGGGCACCAUAUUAUCCCAAAUAACUUAAGAGAUAUUUA